AAAGAAAGGAUGAAGGAAGGCAAGGAUAAAGACGCCCGCUAUACCAACGGGCACCUCUUCACUUCCAUCACAGUCUCUGGCAUGACCAUGUGUUACGCGUGUAACAAGAGCAUCACCGCAAAAGAGGCACUGAUUUGUCCAACCUGUAAUGUGACCAUCCACAACCGAUGCAAAGACAGCCUACCAAACUGCACCAAAGUCAAGCAAAAGCAGCAAAAAGCCGCCUUGCUGAAGAACAGUUCGGCGUUGCAGACAGUGUCCCUCAGGAAUAAAACCAUCACACGGGAGCGUCCCAAUUCUGCCAUUUACCCGUCAGAGAGUUUCCGGCAGACCUUGCUGGGAUCCCGCCGAGGCCGUCCUAGCUUGUCGCUUUCCAAAAGUGUCUCCACGACAAACAUUGCAGGGAGCUUCAACGACGAAUCCCCGCUGGGCAUCCGGAGGAUCCUCUCUCAGUCCACCGACUCCCUGAACAUGCGCAACCGCACCUUGUCCGUCGAGUCGCUCAUUGACGAAGCUGAAGUCCUUUAUAGCCAGUUGAUGAGUGACUUUGAGAUGGACGAGAAGGAUUUUGACGCAGAUUCCUGGAGUUUGGCCGUGGACAACAGCUUCCUGCAGCAGCACAAGAAGGAAGUCAUGAAGCGCCAAGACGUCAUCUACGAGCUGAUCCAGACAGAGCUGCAUCACGUCCAGACCCUGAAGAUCAUGACCAACCUCUUUCGCAAGGGGAUGCUGGAAGACCUGCAGAUGGACGCCUCGGUGGUGCAGAGCAUGUUCCCCUGCGUGGACGAGCUCAGUGAGAUCCAUGGCAGCUUCCUGGCCCGCCUUUUGGAACGCCGGAAGGAAUCUCUGGCUGACGGCAGCCCCAAGAAUUUUGUAAUCAACCGCCUGGGAGACAUCCUGAUCCAGCAGUUUUCAGGCCCUACUGCCGAGCAAAUGAAGAAGGCCUACUCAGAGUUCUGCAGCCAUCACACCAAAGCUGUCAAGCUCUACAAAGAGCUCUUCACUCGGGACAAGCGGUUCCAGCAGUUCAUCCGG